UUUGAUCGUCGAAGGGGUGGUGGCCAAGAUGACACUGAGCAAGAUCGAUCUUCAUCUGUGCUGUCAUCACGCGUCCUCAUCUGCUACCAUUGCGGGAAAAUCGAGGGGUAUAUCGGUAAUUGGCGGGAGGAGGGCGUGAAAAUCGAGGGAUAUAUCGGUAAUUGGCGGGAGAAGGAGGGCGGGAAAAGCGAUGGAUUUGGCGGACGAUUCGUCAGACUGACGGAGGGGUUGUUUGACCUUGAGCAGCCAUUCAUCCACUACAAGUUGGACAAGACGACCGGCGCCAUAUCCACGAGCUUCUCAGCUUUGGCUAUGGCGGUCGAGUUUCUCGGUCAUUGUAGUAGUCGCCGCGGGGAGCUGAGUCCCGUCUGUACGCAUUUGCCAGCGGCCGAGGACAGCAUCUUCAAGCAGGCCAAGCACCUUCGAUGGGUCGGAGGAGUCGCCGCUCUGAGUCUGAGUGGGAGCGUGACCUGCCGUAUGCCCCCUGGCAGGUACUUGUGCAUCUGGAGGGUGUCGUUCAGAGACUGCCGCGGCCGAGGCGACUGUCACCACGUCCGUCAGUUGGUCGCAUUGCCCGAGCCUCGAUUGCACAGCUGGGUUAAGGUCGGGCAGCGACCGGUCGUCAAACGAAGGCUGCAGACCGGAGGCCGAGGUCGCUGCGGAUUGCCUGGUCGGUCGCCGACCGCGACGUGGUCGGAACUGAGAGCGGGAGUCAUCCACAUCCGAGCUGGCGCGCCUCCUCCCGAUCCCAAUCGCGCUGGCGGCGACAGUGAGCACGCACCAGACGUUGACACGUGGAUGCACACCAGCGUUCGCUUCGGGUUAGUGUCACAUGAGGGCGGCCUAGUUGUGGACAGCUUCGUGCUUCGCUCUCUCUCGAAAGAGUACGAUGACGACGACGACGACGACGAAGAAGAAGAAGAAGAAGAAGAAGAAGAAGACGACGAAGAAGAAGAAGUAGAGGAGGAGGAGGAGGAGGAGGAGGGAAGCGAAAGAUAACGAGAAUAGCCAAGGAGAAGAGGAGGAGGAAGACGAAGGAGAGGAGGGUGAGGGAGGAGGGGUGACCUGAUGUAAAUGAAUGGGAGAGGAGGACAAAGGAGAGAACGAGAGGAAAAGGAGAGUGACAGUGCGGGAAUGAAAGACGAGGAAGACGAGGACGAGGAGGACGAAGGAGAGGAAGAGGAGGAGGAAGAGGAGGAGGAGGAGGAAGAGGAGGAGGAGGAGGAGCUUGACGGAAGCGGACGGGGAGAAGGACAGUCAUGAAGGAGACGACAACCAGGUGGAAGAGCGAGGAGAGGAGGAGGAGGAGGAGAAGGAGGAGGAGGAGGAGGAGGAAGAGGAGGAAGAGUCUAUUCGCCUGUCGAGCUUUGCGUCGUGGUCGGGAUCCGGUCACUUCGUCCGUCUUGCUCCGAAGAAGGGAAGCAGCAAUGGGAUUGAAACGACGUUCUUAGACAGAAGAUGAACAGUGGGAGAUUGUGGUGUUGGCGUGGUCUCGGGUAAAGGGAGGGAGAAAAGGAGGAAGAGGAGGUGGUUCUUCCUGCUCCUCCAACCCUCUUUAUUUCCGGCGGGAAGACCCUCCUCCGCUUGCGUGGUUCAGUUUGAAAACUCUCCUCAGAGAGAGAGAGAGAGAGAGAGAGAGAGAGAGAGAGAGAGAGAGAGAGAGAGAGAGAGACGCUCGGGUGAGAUUGGCUGAGCUGUCGUUAGCUUGGCCUUGAGACUCCUGUUCCGACAGAAGUGAGGAGAAGACGGGGAGGAGGAGGAGGAGCAGGAGGAGGAAGAAGAGGAAAAAGAGGAUCGUCGUUGAGGAGGGGGAGGAGGAGGAGGAGGAGGAAGAAGAAGAAGAAAGGAAUGUGAGGAUAGUGCUACCAUACACAGUUAGAUCGAGGAGGAGCAAGAGGAGAUCAAGGAGGAGGAGAGGAGGAGGAGGAGAUCAAGGAGGUGGAGGAGGAGAAGGAGGGAAAGUAAAGUUGAUAAAUAGCAUCCGAGAAC